CCUUCAAACCUUCAAUUUCUCUACUCCUAAUAAGUAACAAACCAUCGAUCAUUGGUCAUGGAUCCGGUGGCUCGAUCUUACGAUGAUUUCAUCCCCUCAUCGCAUUGGAUUACAGAAGAAGGAUUAGAUACACUCAUUAUCGAGCUCCCAGGUUUUAAAAAGGAGCACCUAAGGAUUCAGCUCGAUAACUUUGGCAAUCUCAGAACCAGCGGCGAGCGUCCUAUUGAUGGCAACCGAUGGAAACGCUUCAGAAAGGAAUUUCGAGUACCUGACAAUUGCAAUGCUAGCGAAAUCCGCGCCAAAUUUGAAAGUGGUCUUCUUACAAUUACUCUCCCGAAACUCAUUACUGAAGAAGAGCCUGAACCUGAACCUAAACCUGAACCUGAACCUGAGCCUAAACCUGUUCCGGCACCUACAGUGCAAGCUCCAGAGCCUGAGAAAAUGAAACAGGCUGUACCGGAGACUGAUUUUGAUAAGGGGGAAGUUGAAGAGGGUGCGAGUGGGCUCAUGGUUGGAAUGAAGGCGAAGAGGAAGCAACUGAUGAUAAAUUUUGCAGUUGCUGCUGUGAUAAUGAUUGGGGUUGGGAUCUUUGUGGCCUAUAAAUUCAGGAAGAUAUCAGAGGCUGAGAGCACUGGGGAACUGCUGGAGUACUUUGAUGAAUUUUAAUUUGGUUUAUGUACAACAAUUAAAGGGGAUAAAAUGUUUAUACUUGGUAAAUGAAUACUGUUGCCUGUAAUAAGAAUUGAGAAGAAAUAAAAUUGCUUUUGAUUGUAAA